AUGGAAUACAUUAUACCAUCCAAUAAUGACGCGCCAAUAACAGGAAAAAUUUUAUGCUGUCAAUGUGGUAUAUUAAUCGAACCAAACGCACUCAAUAUGUGCUCGGGUUGUCUGCAAACGCAGAUCGAUAUAACUGAUCAAAUACCAAAACAGGGACAAUUGCAGAUGUGUAAUAAAUGCAUACGUUAUUUACAGCCGCCAAAUACGUGGAUUAGUGCAGAAUUAGAAUCAAGAGAACUUCUAACAGUUUGUUUAAAACGAAUCAAAGGAUUAAAUAAAGAAGUUCGUUUAACUGACGCUGGUUUCAUUUGGACAGAGCCACAUUCAAAACGAGUGAAAGUUAAACUGACUGUUCAAAAAGAGGUUAUGACUGGAGCAAUUCUUCAGCAAACAUUUAUCGUUGAAUUUACAAUUUUGAAUCAAAUAUGUGAUGAAUGUCAACGUAUCGAAGCGAAAGAUUAUUGGAAGGCACUUGUUCAAGUUCGACAAAGGACGUCACAUAAGAAAACAUUUUUUUAUCUAGAACAACUGUUGCUUAAACAUAAUGCUCAUACUGAUACAACUCAAAUCAAACAAAAUCACAGCGGUCUUGAUUUCUAUUUUGCCGAACAAAAUCAUGCGAGAAAACUUCUUGAUUUUCUGUCGUGUGUUGUUCCUUGCGCAUCUGAAUCGUCAAAGAGUUUAGUAUCACACGAUAUUCACAGUAAUAUUUACAAUUAUAAAUAUACGUAUGCUGUUGAAAUUGUACCAAUCUGUAAAGAUGACGUUGUUUGUUUAUCGAUGAAACAUUCAAAACAAUUAGGAAAUAUUGGUCCUAUUUGCAUUUGUUCCAAAAUUACACAAAAUGUUUAUUUGAUCGAUCCACAAACAUUGAAAAUUGCUGUCAUAUCAUCCACAGAAUAUUGGCGACAUCCAUUUCAGUCAAUAUGCGACUCAAAACAUUUGGUAGAAUAUAUUGUUUGUGAUGUAAACCUAAUCGAUUCAGAUGGCAAGCCUCACGUUUAUGGAAAAGAAUCAACAAAACAUGCAUUAGCUGAAGUUUAUGUAAUGAAAGCAUCUGAAAUUGGUUUUGUUGAUAAACAAUAUAUUACAAUUACACAUUUGGGACAUUUAUUACAUCCAGGCGAUUCUGUUCUAGGCUUUGAUUUGCAAAACAGUAAUGUCAGUAAUACCAGUUUAGAAACGUAUAAUAUGGAUAAAUUACCUGAUGUUAUUCUUGUGAAAAAACUGUAUGCUGAUAAAAGUUUAAGAAAUCGAAAACGUAAAUGGAAAUUAAAACAUUUGAAUGUUGAAGAUGCUGUUAGCGGAACAUCUAAUGACAGGGAUUACACCGACUUUUUGGAGGAUCUUGAAGAAGACCCAACAUUACGUCAAAAUGUUAUGAUUUAUAAAGAUGAAAAGAAAUUGCAUCAAAUCGACGAUGAAAAAGAGACCAUUGAUAUUCCACAAAUUGGUUUAGAGGAAAUGAUGUCUGAAUUAAAAUUAGAUGAAGAUGAAACACAGAUGAAAGUGGAUUCUUGA